AUGGAUAUCACAAACUUUGUGGUUUCGGCCAGAAACCAGGCACUUUUAUAUGGCGACUACACUACUUACCACAAGCAGCUGGUCAAGAAGCUACACAAAUGUCGAAAGAGGUUGAAUAUUGCUACUAAGAACCGCAACAAGUUUACUAAGAAAGACCCUAUCACGGCCCAGAAUCUGUCGGAGAACCACGAGUACCUUCAUCUGCAAUUGCUGACGGCCGAGCGUGCUUGGGCACAUGGUAUGAGGUUCAAGGCCGUUCACUCCACCGAUACCAAAGGCAUUACAGGCAGAACCCGCUCCCAUAUCAUUUCGAGACUUGUUAAAGGCGCCCGCACUGCCGAACAUCUCGUACAAAUAUUAUCCGAAAGCUCUGUGACGGGGGCUAGCGACACUGACAUCCUAGAAGCACGUGCAUAUGCUUCUAUGAUACGAGGCGCCACCCAAUUCGAAAAACAGAGCUGGGAGCCGUGUCUACAGAGCUAUGCGACAGCCCGCAUCAUAUAUACAGCGCUUGCCACAUCUAUGAAAGGAGACACCUUUAAAGACUUGUUAUCGGACACCAUCGACCCUUCUAUUCGAUAUGCGGCCUAUCAGACCAAAAUUUCAAGGAUCCAAACGAUACCGACCAUCGCCAGGAAGGCCUUCCCUUCUUCUGACUCUGCCUUGGUCGAGCAAAUAAAUAAAUUAGCCCCGGACCUACUCAACAAGAGCGAUUCUGAUGCUCAAAGGGGCCAAGUCGGUGCCCCGAACGCUCCUCAGACCAUCACAUGGAGGUCCCGAGAAGUCAAGAUCGAGGAUGCAGCUAUCGCUGUUGCGUUAGCAUCGAUAGACACAGCAACCACACGAUUGACGGAGAAACUAGCAUCUUCCGACGUUAUAUUACCAAAAGAGAUGGCUGCUGCGUACGAUGAAGUGCUCAUAGCUAGUCAGGAUGCGGUAGAUGCCACCAAACACGCUAUCGACGAACUUAAAGAGGAGGGCGUAUCCCAGGACGACGCUCGAAUACAAAGUCUACAGAUAACUCGCACCGCGGUUAACUACCAGGUUAUCAGCUGGAGAAUCGGUCGCAAUCGGGUUUUGAGUGGAGAGCACGACGGAGCCUUGUUAGACUCGGCUCCUACAACUACUCGAAAAUCCAAGAAAGAUGCCAGCUCUCGAAAGCCUAAGAUUGAGCCACCCGGCAGGAAGAUAUCUCGGCUCAAAGACAAAGUUGUACUUUACGAUUCUACGCUACAGAGCAUUGAGUCGGUUGGGGAAUUACCUGGUGUUGCGGCUGACAGAGACCUAACAGAACAAUUAAGCGCAACUGCUAAAUAUUUCCAUGCCCUCAAAUCUCUCUCCAUUGCGAGGUCGCACUCGCUAACCAACCAAUCGCGCAAUGCUUUAGUUCUUACCAAGCACGCAUUUGAUGAGUGUGAGCAAUCAGCUGCGUUUUUCUCGAUGCAGGAGCCCUCUUCUUUAGAGUCCUCGCCCCGUAACAUAGAGAUCCGGCCAGCCGAUAUCCAAUUCCUUCGCAACCUUUUAAAGGGAGAGCUUCAAAAAUGCCGAGCGAUUGUUGAAAUAGAUAAUCUACGGCAAAAGACGACGAAUGCGACCCCACCAAGCGCAAGAGCUCCACUCGUGCAACGCUUAUUCGAGUACCCAGCGGAGGGUGUUAACUUAGAAAAUCUCGUCGAGUUCCCACCCAAGGUGAAUCCUAUUUCGGUGAAGCCUCUAUUCUUCGAUGUUGCUUGGAAUUACAUAGAUUACCCUGGAAAGACCCCAGCUGCCGCCCCCGAGUCCGAGCAGAAGCUGGAGCAGCCGGCGCAGCCGCAGAAGAAAGGAUGGUUCGGGUUUGGAAGAUAUGGGCUAAUGACGCCCGACUACGAAGACAGCCCGCGGUUGGACUACCUCUCACAGUCGUCGAAGAUCUGGGCAAGCACUAGCGAGUUACCCAUUUUCAUCACUGAGAACCAGUCGCGCCGCACUGUCUCUCUACGUCUCUUCAUCUGGGCCCUCGUCUGCUUUACCGCUGUAGCGUUGGCGCUGGGUCUGGGUCUCGGGCUCGGAUGUGCACGAUAUAGAGCCCUCUAUUCUACACCACUGCCCCCAUUAUCUAAUUACAGCAUUCGUUACGGUAUCCCUGAGAACCUCGACUUCGUCCCGACAGAUAGGCUUAUUAAUAAGCGGGAGCUCGAGCUAGAUACGAACUUCGCCGUUUCGAGCGAGCCUCAGGUCCGCGAGUUCGAGUUUAAUGUGUCGGUGGCGCUGGCCGCGCCGGACGGAUUUCAAAAGCCGAUGGUGUUGGUUAAUGAGCAGUCUCCGGGGCCGCUGGUCGAGGCGAAUGUGGGGGAUACUAUUCGUGUUAGAGUUAAUAACCACAUGAGGAAUAGUAGCACGUCGAUACACUGGCACGGCAUGAACCAGAUCGGCACGCCGUGGAUGGACGGCGUCGCGGGCGUUUCACAGUGCGGGAUCCCGGCCAGUCAGGGGUUUACGUACGAGUUCCAGGUGAUGGACCAGAGGGGCACGUUUUGGUGGCAUGCGCAUUCGUCGGUACAGUAUAGCGACGGUGCUUAUGGAGCAAUUAUUAUACGCGAUCCAGGAGAACUGGUACCUAAGACAGACGACGAGAAGCUCCUGUUUGUGUCGGAUGUAUAUCACACCUACGGAUCCGUUAUAUUAACAAGCUACCUCAACUCGACGUCAAAAUGGGUUGAUUGGGAAUCAGGCGUCGAGCCGCUGGCUGAUAACGUCCUGCUCAACGGGCAGAACACAUACAACUGCUCCGUUACCUCGACCACUUACGCACCAUCUGCAGACCAGCCCUUCGAGAGUAACUGCACGGAGGGGCAGCUCUACACGACGAAAGUACGCCGUGGGAAGACUGUACGCUUACGGCUGAUUAACGCCUCCUCGUUCCUAUCGUACUGGUUUAGCAUCGACAAUCACACGAUAUCUAUCGUUGAGUUAGACGGCGUUGAAAUCGAACCUAUUUCUGCUCGUGGCGUAUAUUUAAACCUAGGACAGCGAGCCUCUGUGAUCCUAACCGCAGACCAGGAGCCCGGCAGCUACUAUAUGCGUGCUUCGCUGCCGAAGACGUGCUUUCUACCGUAUGCGCCGUAUAAUAGUUCGGGGCUCGAGGCAGCAGGGUACGGCGCCAAGGGGAUAAUAUCGUAUUUCGAAGAUAGUGAGCAGGAUGCAAGCGAUCGUAAUGCUGGCACGGCACUUGAGCCCAUUGGGGUUGCUGGAAAUACGUCGAACCCGUAUGGAGUGGAGAAUAACGGGCUCAGGGGAGACGUGUGGGAGGGAUGCGACGACAUGCCAUUCGAUAUGCCAAAGCCAAUGCGAAAACAGCCCGCAGUGAAUGUGAGCGAGGCAAAUACGCAUUAUCUCGAGUAUGCGUUUCGCCAGGCACAGGAGGUCAAUCGCAUUUUCGUCAACAAAACAUCCUACCUAUCUCUCCCCGACAACGCCACGCUCUGGAAAGCCCUAGACCAACAAUUUACCCCCGACAGAUCAAAUUCGUACAAUAGCUGGGACUUGGGACUCAACCAGCAGGUCCUACUAAUCCCAGACGCCACCCAGGGCGCUCAGAUCGUCAUCAACUCGCUUGACGGGAUGGAGCACCCGUGGCACAUGCAUGGCCAUACCUUCCAAGUCGUCGGCUGGGGUAAAGGCCUCUUCGGCAGCAGUACCAAUUCUACCACCUGGAGCCUCGCGAACCCGAUGCGCCGCGAUACCGUCACCGUGCCGCCCUUCAACCACGUCGUCCUGCGCUUCGCCACCGAUAACCCGGGGCUCUGGGCGUUGCAUUGCCAUGUUGCAUGGCAUAUUGAAGGCGGCAUGUUUCUCACCUUGGCCGAGCGGCCAUCCGAUCUCGUUACGCUAGUUAAUCAGAUGGAUCCCAAUACAAGACGUCAAAGCCAGAGCUUCUGCGGCGUGGCUACAUAA